AUGGUUAAGCUCGAGGAAUUGACUGACGAGCAGGCCGACAAGCCCGACGCCCUUCGAAAGUUGCUGUCUGACUGGCUUGAAGAUGAAGGCGAAGAUCCGGAUGAAUUUGAAUUCGAAGUCGAAGCGGCUGAAUCCGUCGCUGAGGUAGCCGACGAGACAGUCGAGGAAGCCGAUGAGGCUGAGGACACUAUCGUAGCUGAAGACGAGGCGGCAGCUGAAGACGAAGCGGUAGCUGAAGAAGCAACUGAACAAGAAGCCGUAACAGCUGAAGAGGAGCAAAAGAAACUACCGCUGCCGAAGAAGCCGAAGAAACCGCCGAAGCUGAAGAAACUAUGGAAACGGAAGCUGCUCCAGUCGAAGAAGAAAAGCCAGCAGAGGAAUUUGAAGAAAUCCAAGAAUCGGAAGUCGCAGAAGCCAAUAAAGCCGCGGAAGAGCAAGCUGCCGAUGUCACCCAGGAGAGGAGCCAGCAGACGAAGAAAAAUGGAGACAGAAACAGCACCGGUGGAAGAGGAAGUAGAGCCGGAAGAAGAUCAGCUUACUCUUGGAGUCGAGCACGAUGAUCUCUCCGAAGAGCAAGCGGAAGAGCCGAAAGCCGCCGAAGCUAUUUCCAAGCCCGCUGAAGCUUCAGAAGCACCGGCAGAAGAAAAGAAAGAGGAGGAAACUCCUGUUGCCGAAAAGGCUGCGUCGCCGAAGAAAGCUACUCCAAAGAAAAUGACCAAGGCGGAGAAACGCAAAGCCUGGCAGCAAAAGAAAAAGGAAGCGGCCGAAAAGAAGCGACAAGAACAGCUCGCCAAGAAAGCUGAAAACGGUGGAACUGCCCAGCCAGCUGCUGAAGCAAAGAACGGUAUCUGGAUCUGCGGCCUCCAGAAAAGCGUAAAAGCGAUGACGAUCAAGGAGUUCCUUGUCAAAAAUGAAAUCAAGGGUACUGUUCUAGCAUUGAAGGUUGCUCUCCGCCGCGCAACCCAGGAAAGCUUUGCCUACAUCGAGCUCAAGGACAAGCCCGACCACGAGCUUGCCCUCAAAGUUUUUUCCGAGACUACUGAGUUGGGAAAGAUCACCGUCGAGCGCGUCGAUGCCGAUCCAACUUUAAAGAAGGCUUCUCCCACCAAGGCUGCACAGAAACGAACUGCAGAUGCAGCGAACAACGCGGUCAAUGGACUCAUGCCUAAGCGACAGAAAGCUGACGAUAGUGCUCCAGCCAAACCUUCGCCCGUCAAAAAUCCGGCCAAGCCAAUGCCCCAGAAUACCGACGCUCAGAUGGAGUCGAAGAUUAAACAGACCAAGAACGAAACUGACCAAAAGAAAAAGGCUGUGCUCGAUGUCAAGACUCGACUGAUCAAGGCCGAAAACGAGCUCAACAAUGUCCGCAGUCAGCACAAGAAUCGCACCCGCGAACUUAGAGACAUGCAAGCGAGCACUACAAAAUAUAAAAAUGACCUUCGGGCCAUGGAGAAGGAUUACAGAUUCGAGAAGACUAACCAAGAAAAAAUGAUGCGUGAAAAACAUGGUUUAUCUCACGACAUCAAGAAGCUCAUCGACGAUAACAAGCGUCUGGAGGCGGAGAUUCACGCGCUUCAGUCCAACUUCGAAUCUGAAAAGAUCCGAAAGGAACGAAACGCGCUUCGCCUCGAACGAGAACGCUUUGAGCGAGAAAAGAAGCAACUGGAGGCCGAGCGAACUCGCUACACUGCCCCGUCUUCUUCUUACAGCGGCGGCCCUCGAGGAGGAGUCGGUGGCACUACAGGCUACGGAGCAUCCUCCGGAUCUCAGUACCAACCACCUGGUCAGUCUCGUCCCGCUGCAGCUGCUCCCAGUGGCGUAUCCUAUGGAGGCCAGAAUCGUCCAGCUCCACAGGGAGCGCGAGGCUACGGCGGCCAAAACAUGAGUGGAUCGUUCCAGCAGAACGUUGGUGGACCACGACGACAGCCUAACUUCGGCGGACCGCAGGGAAAUGGAAACUGGCCCAUGCCUAACCGAGGUGCGAUGCCCAACCGAAACAACCGCCAGUAUUAA